AUGAUUUGUGCUUAAUUGUUUGUUUUUUUUGGUGUUUGUGUUUAAAAAAAAAAUCUCAAAAUCAUCAUCCAAAUAUAAGUUGUCAACAGUUUGUGAUUUUUCUCCGUUUGUUAUCAUCCUUUUGUGUUUAUUGGAUGUAUGUAUGAAAGAGCGAGUGGAUGUGAACGGUGGAUAUAGGAAAUGGAAAACAGUCAGAUGGAUGCCAAGACGCCUAUGUUACGUAGUAAUCAAACAAAACCUCAUCAAACAAAUCCAACAACCAUGCCAACUACCGUACGAAUGACACAUCCGGAAAGGACUUUGGUGGAAAAGAUUUGGGGCUGGUUUGCCGAAAAUCUAUUGCUUGUAUUGACAAUAUUAUCAGUGAUCUGUGGCAUUGUGCUAGGAUGUUUUAUGCGUUACGCAAGCUACGAUGAUGAUUUUGUCAUGUUGAUCGGUUUCCCUGGUGAAUUAUUAAUGCGAAUGCUCAAAAUGUUAAUUAUACCAUUGAUAACAUCAUCAAUGAUUGCCGGCUUAGCUCAAUUGGAUGCCAAAUCGAGCGGCCGUAUGGGUUCAAGGGCUAUUGCCUAUUAUUUUGGAACAACCCUAUUAGCUGCCAUUCUCGGUAUUGUAUUGGUAUUAUUGAUACAUCCAGGUAAUCCACGUAUCAAACAGGAAGCAAUGAAAGCUGUAAAAGAUGCCGAUACAAAAGUAUCAACAUUGGAUGCAAUGUUAGAUUUGGUUCGUAAUAUGUUUCCAGAAAAUUUACUACAGGCAGCAUUUGCCAAUGUAAAAACUGAAUUUGUACCCAGUGAUCGUAUCAAUAUGACACGUGUACGUGAAAAAGGUCAACAAUUAAAUUGGGAUCGUAUUUAUAAUAAAACUGAUCCAGCAACAAAUGUAACUGAUUAUUAUAAAUUAGUUCGUUCAUACCCUUAUAAAGAUGGUUCUAACAUCCUUGGUCUUAUUGUUUUUUGCACCGCCUUCGGUAUCAUUUGUGGUCAAUUAGGAUCCGAAGCUGAAACAAUGAUUAGAUUUUUUGUUAUACUAAACGAAAUUGUUAUGCGUUUAGUUGUCAUUUGUAUGUGGUAUUCACCAAUCGGCAUUGCAUCAUUAAUUAUAGCCAAAAUAUUAGCUAUACAAGACAUGUAUACGAUGGCUCAACAGCUAGGCCUCUAUAUGUUGACCGUAAUCACUGGUCUAUUAAUACAUGCAAUCAUUACAUUGCCAGGAAUCUAUUUUAUUGUUACAAGGAAAAACCCUUUAACAUUUUUCAAAGGCAUGUUACAAGCCUGGGUUACAGCCUUGGGUACAGCAUCGUCUGCCGCAACCCUUCCAAUCACUUUCCGUUGUCUUGAAGAAAACAAUCAUAUCGAUAAACGAGUAACAAGAUUUGUACUGCCCGUCGGUGCCACCGUCAAUAUGGACGGGACGGCUCUUUACGAGGCAGUUGCUGCUAUAUUUAUCGCACAAAUGAAUGCCGUUGAAUUUAAUAUUGGCCAGAUAAUAAUCGUAUCGCUAACCUCGACAGCGGCAUCAAUUGGUGCUGCGUCGGUGCCGUCAGCCGGUCUGGUCACCAUGUUACUUGUAUUGACCGCAUUAGGAUUGCCAACCAAAGAUAUUUCAAUGAUUAUCGCUGUCGAUUGGUUUCUAGACCGAAUACGAACAUCGAUCAAUGUGCUUGGCGAUGCAUAUGGAGCAGGUGUUGUAUAUCAUUUAAGCCGUGAAGAGCUAGAAAAAUGGGAUAAUGAACAUGCAUUGGAAUUAUCAGAAUCAUCACAUACAUUAUCUGGACGUAAAUUAUCAAUAAUGACACCAUCAAGAAAUCCGAAUGCAUUAUCAACGAAAAAUUCAACAACAAAUCCAGAAACGGAAAUCUAAUUCCUGCGGAUUUUUUUGGUUUUUUUUCAAUCAAUCGAUUGAUUGAUAUGGUCAAACGACGACGACGAUGAUGAUGUUAUCUUUUCCUUCUUCUUUUAUAUAAUGUAUGUAAUGAGAAAAGAGCUAAACCACAACAACAAAAACAACAACAACAGAAACAAGUGACAAACGGACAAUAAUAUAAAUAGGAAACCUAAUUCAUCAUUUGUUUUUAUUUUCGUUAGCUCUUUUCUUCUUCUUCUUCUUCU